AUGGGCGCGGGCGGGUCCUCGGUCAUCGACACGUACACCGAGCGUGGGUUCGUGGUGGGGGGCGUGGAGCAUCGGGGGAGCGUGUUCCUUUACCAGGACAUGACGCUGCUGUGGAAGGUAAAGGACAUCGCGGAGGUCACGCAGGCGUCGUUGACCGCCGCGCACGCGCUGAGGCCCCCGCCGGACCUGCUCAUCGUCGGCUGCGGCGCGCGCAUCGGGGCGCUUCCCAGGGAGACGGCCGAGUUUUUCAGGGAUGGCGAAACCGCGGUGGAGGUUCUGGACACGCCAAACGCGGUGGCGACGUACAACAUACUGGUCCAGGAGGGGAGGUCCGUGGCGGCGGCGAUGAUACUGCCGCGGACGGAGGGGUAA